UUCUCCAAGUUUCUGUCUCUUUAUAUAAACUUCCACUAUUUUUUUUUGGCUUUCGAGAAAAGGAUGCGAGAAAUGGAAAGGACCCGCUAUGGUUUCCCUCCUCGCCGUCUCCAAUUGAGGUCUGGAUGAUCCGUGAUUUGGAUGCGGAGGAGCUUCUUUGAGCUAGGAUCUUCAGGAAGUCGAGGCUGCCAGCCAUGCCGACCUUCACAGCUAUCACGCUGGACAGGCUUUUGGAGCCCGGGUCUCGGAACACCGCCCCAAAGCCUCCGCCGGCGCCAGUGAAGGUCGUGAGGCCUGUUCCAAGCUCUUCUGAGAAGAAGAGCAUUUCCCGACCUGUGGUUUCACCCGCUCUGUAUGCAACACCUGAAGCGACCCCUUUACCAGACUCUCCAUCCUUCUUCUCUCCAUCUCCGUAUAUCAUCAAUCACAAGCGUCGUGGCCCUCGUCUGAUUAAAAGCCAUUCACGCAAUACUGUUAUUGGAUGUCAACCGCAGCUUGAUGGUGAGAAGGUUGAAGUUGUGAAUGGACGGGAAGUUAAAGUAGCUGAGGAUGUUCUUCAUGAUGGAAAUCUCAAGGAGGAGCAAGACCUUAAUGGUUAUCGUCCUAAGCCUCUGGGUGAUGCUAGUUCAAAUGGUGGUCCCGAGAAAAUUGAUGGAUCAGAAAAGCCUCUUACUGUUGAUACAGGAAGAGAUGCUGAAUGUGAAGAUUUCUUUGAUCCUCAAGACUCAAUGAGCUCUGUGAGUAAUACUGAAUUUGAUGAUAGCAAUGGUCUUGAUCGUUCAUGGAAGCCAAGUACUCCUCAAGGGGAGUUUUUUGAUGCAUUUGAAGAAAUCUCCAGUGAAGGAGCUCUGUCUGGUUGUCAAAAUAUUCAGGAGGAGCUGCAGGACAUGAGGCUUACUAUGUCGUUGGAAAUUGAGAAGAGGAAGCAAGCUGAGGAAGCCUUUGAAAACUUGCAAAACCAGUGGCACAGGCUGAGCCAUCAGCUCUCACUUGUGGGAUUGAAACUUGCUGCCCCUCGAACUAUCUCAGAAGAGAGGGACAUGCUGUCAUCUAUUGAUCCUGUGUCUGAACUUUGCCAACAAGUUAUUAUUGCUCGAGCAGUGGCUGCUUCUAUUGGAAGAGGUUGUUGCCGGGCUGAGAUUGAGCUAAAGUUGGAGUCUCAGAUUGAAUUAAAAAACUUUGAGAUUGCCAGGUUAUCGGACAGGCUACAGUAUUAUGAAGCUGCCAACCGUGAAAUGUCUCAGAGGAACCAAGAAGCUGUUGAGAGGGCGCGAGAGCAGAGGCUGAAGCGCAAGAGAAGGCAGAAGUGGUUGUGGAGCUCAAUUGGCCUUGCCUUAACGAUUGGUGCCGCCUCUCUUGCAUGGUCAUACUUUCCGGCUUCCAAGCCUGGUCACCUUGAAGGUGAUGCUGAAGGUAGUCAUGAAGACUAGCUUGCUGCUAAAGUUUUAGUUAUGCUAUACUCUUUUCUUUGAAACAGGUAUCUUGUUGAGUGAAAAAGAAAAAAAGAAAGAAAGAAAGAAGAAAAAAGAAAAAAGCUAAAUAAGGUUUUCUGAGAUUGUUCACAUGAUGAUCAUGAACAUGAUUUGUUUAAAAGCUCCCUCAUGUAUAAAGUGUGCUGCUUGCCACUCGAAGCGGCUUGUGAAAUAACUACGGAUGUAUUAUGGUCUUAUUUUUUGCUUGAUGUUUUGCUUCAAGCUCUAAAUCAGCCCAAAUUCAUUUCUUUUGGUUCAUC